AUGGUGGUCGGUGCUGUCUUUGACUAUGACGUUUGUCAUAGCUCCCAGGGUCAUCAGGAUUCCCCUUCAAUUGGCGCACACUCUCGCCAGACUGCGAGCCCCAUCGAGGUGGUCCAGGCAUCAUUCCAGGAAAGCGAAAUACCCGCCUGCAAGCCAUACGAUGGUACCAUCCCUAAAGCCCGCGCCCCAUCUCCUGCAACACCCUCUGAUGAACCGUGUCAAGGGCAAGCCUUGGAUGAUACAAGCAGCGCAUCCACCCAUGUCGGGUCCGAGGCCACGAAGGCUGUGUUCAGUUCCGAUGCCGAAGUAUCUUCCACGUCGCCGUCACUUCGUCGUUUUCGCCACAAAUCCUCGCAGAUGCAUGAAACCAUGCGGUAUGAGGACGGUGACGCAGGCAGUGAAGAUCCAGGAAACGAGGACGGUCUUGACAGGCUAGGAUCUCGACAUAAUGAAGAGAACUCUUCUUCUCCUCCAGAUGUUGAGGAUUCUGGCUCGAAAGGCGAUGAUUCAGAUGACGUCCACCAGGGUCGCAAGCGCCGCAAAAUCUCGACAUCUACUUCCUGUUCGGUCCGCCGUACCGCCGCCAGUUUUCGGGGCUCUCGCAAAAGACAAUCGGCAACACAUACCGCGCAGUCACCUAACGAUAUCCGAGCACCAGAGACAACGCCAGCCCCGUCUGAAGCUAGCGUGUUGCUUGCUCAGUUCGAGGAAUGGUCUCUCAAAGAUGUCUUGCUCAAGCGCAUUACUGAAGGCGGCAAGACAACAUUCCAAUUACAGUUUGAAUGGGACCACGAUUCGUGUCAGCUCCAUGUUGAUAAAUCCGUGUCGCAUCCGAAAAAGCGCAGAAGGUUGCCCAAGACUUUGCGUUCGGCUGCAAAAUCAUCUGGCGGAAGAACAAAAGUAAAGAAUCAAGAUUGA